AUGCGCCCAGAACGGCAAUCAGUCUGCACACAGGUCCGGGCUGCGUGUGCAGAGGCCGAGUCAGGCGGGGGUACAGGCUUCGGACGAGAGCGUUGGGUGCAGCGCCCUGCGGCCCGUGGAGAGCCUGCGCCGGCGCUGGGACGGACGCUGGAACACGUGGCUGGAAUAACUCCGAUCUCUUUCCAUUUGCAGGAGACGCUGACAUCACACAACACGAAAAUGAUUUCGUCCUUAGUCAUUUCGCAGCUGAUCGAUGAGAACAAGCCCCAGGAGAAGGGGGCUGCCGUGCCCGCACUGUGCGCCGACGCUCAGCCGCCCACGUGGCCCGGGAAGCGCGCUCUGGCCAGUCGCAGCGGAGUCACCAUCAACAGGGCCUUCGCGUUCCUUCCCGGCCAGCUAGGACCUCAGCCACCGGCCGGGGUGCAAGGACCGGAGCCUGCGCUCACCCCCAAAGAGGAAAAGCAGCCGGGCGGCAGCCCCCAGAAGGGGUUUGCAUCCAUCACCAUCACGGCCCGGCGUGUGGGCCCCCCAGCCAGGGCCCUGGUGUGGGGCACCGGGGGGGACCCGCUGUGCAGCCGGUGCCGGGCCCAGGACCCUCAGCUCAGGGACCCCCCUGCUCUGGCCAGCGGCGCUGACCCAGGUCGGCACCACGGACCUCUCGCCUGCACGGAACCCUCCGGAAGCAGCCCUGUGAUGCGGCUGGGGUUCCCGGAGGCCCAUGCACGGCUGUGUGACGGACGCCAGUACUGGGUGGCCAGCGUGGACCGCGGGGAGGACAGGUUCUCCCCAGGCCGCCCGCGGUCGGGGCAGGGCCCGCUGCUGUUCAGCUCCUGUGUGCACCUCAGGGUGUCUCGGCGGUGCCCCAACGCCACCUGCUCUCCGGACAGGUCCCCCUCCGUCCCCAUGGAGCCAACUCAGCUGGCCGGCCCCCAAACGCACAGGGCCGUCCUGUCGCUCAACCUAAACUGCAGUUCUCACAGACGGACACCAGAUGGGGCAGACGGCCCAGCCACCGGAGGGCCAAUCAGCAGCAGCCUGAAGCCACAGCUGGCGGAGGUCUCCGGCCUCCAGGGCCCGCGCUGGGCCCCCGCCCUGCACCCCUCCUUGGGGCAGGUGCACUUGGGGGCUGGCACAUGCCCUUGGAGUGGCCCCCCUCCAACGGAAAGCACAGAACUUGCAGAUGCGGGGACUCGGCAGAUCACGGCGAGGAAAGGGAAGGGGGACCACGGGACUCCUCAUCACACCGGUGGUCACACCAGUGCUCACGCCAACCAGCUGUCCAUCCACAUUCCCGGCUGGAGCUACCGGGCAGGAGACGUCACCUGCUGCGACCUGGUGCUGCAGCUGAAGGAGUGCCAGACGCGGGAGGCCGCUGCCAUCCCCGGGCCCGAGCCCGCGCCGCCCGAGCCUGCGCUCGCCAAGGAGCCGGAGACCCCCGACCUGCGGGAGGGCUGCUCCGAGUGCCAGCAACCACCAGCCAGCCCCUCCUUGACCUUGCAGGAAGCACUGGAGGCCCGGAGGCCGCAGUUCAUCUCUCGCUCGCAAGAGCGGCUGAAGAAGCUGGAGCUCAUGGCGCAGCAGAGGCGGGCCCAGCGCCAGGAGAGCCGGGGCCGAAAGCCGGGCCCCCUUCCCGUCCGCGCCAGCAGAAGGCAGUUCACGCGUCCCCCAUCCGCUUACAAUGCCAGGAAGCGAUGCCGGAGAGCCCCGGGGACCUGUGGGCAGGGGGAUGAUAACUUGUUCAAACCCAAAGAAAGGUGCAUUUCGGAGAAGGAGAUGCACAUGCGAUCCAAGAGAAUCUACAACAACUUGCCGGAAGUCAGAAAGAAAAAGGAAGAACAGAAGAAAAGGGUGAUCUUACAGAGUAACAGACUCCGCGCGGAAGUCUUCAAAAAGCAAUUACUGGACCAGCUCCUUCAGCGGAACGCCGUCUAACCCAGGCUGCCUGCCGGCCCCUGCCCGGACCUGAAUGGCUCCAGCGCUGGACACACCAUUAAACAGCCCAUCUUCAUGGCGGCAAACACUGAUUUUUACUUGGGAUGAUUUUUUUAUUUUUAUUUUUUGCAUAAAGGAAAGCCCAGCUUCCCGAACUGCUGGCCCAAACAGGCAGGACCAAUGACACUUGAGGACGGGGCUCCGCAGACCAGGGGGCGUUCCGGUCACUACCCCGCCAGACCCCUUCUCCUUGUAUUUCCGAGCUUUCCCUUUUGCUUCUGACCCCCACCCCCUUCCUGUGCCCAUUCCCACCCGGCAGAAAGGCCUCGCUCACUCCUGGGGGCUCAGAUCCCAGGGGUUCUAUUUUUUUCAUCAAAUUUCCAAAUGCAUCACUUUUUACAAACCAGCCCCAGAUUCUGCCAGCUGUGCCAGCCCACGCCCGGGUCACCGUGUGGGGCCUCAGGGCCUCUGGACGCGGCGCUGGCAGCUCCGGAUAAGUGGGGGCUGCGCCAGGGGGCCGGGAGCCAGCGGCUCCCAUGACCUGGGACUCAGCCCUCUCCGCCCCCGCCCCACCCCGCACCUCCCCCUCAGCCAGAGCCUGUGUCCGUGGCUGCUGCCGGGCAGCUCACGGGAGGAAGCGCAGGGACCUCCGUGUCCUCGCAGCCGCACCCCUGGAACAGCCGAUGGCUGGACGCGGCGGGCUCCCCGCUCUUCCAACAUUUAUGUUUGUCAUUUAUCCACGUGUGUUUGGGGAGUUAAGAACUAACUAGUUUUUAUCGAAAGUGGAAAUAAAAUAAAUGCAGUUAUUACAAAAAUUCAA